UUUACUUUUAUAUCAUAUGCCAGGGAUAGAUCCUUCAUUGAAAUGACACUGUUGUGUUUUUGCUUUAAAGGGGUGGAGUGGACCUGUACCUCAAAACGGGGUUUUGUCACUAUCUCUUCACUUUCCUUUUUUUCUGUUGGACUGAUGAUGAUGUCAGGCGUUGCCUAUUUUGUCCGUGAUUGGAGGAUUCUACACCUGGUGUUUUCAACCCCUCUGAUCCUGUUACUUCUAGCCGGAUACUGGCUAAUGCCUGAAUCAGCCCGCUGGCUUUUGACCCAGGGCAGGGUGAAGGAGGCGCAAAAGGAGGUCCUGAGGGCAGCCAGGGUGAACGGUAGAACAAUCUCUGAGGCCAUGCUCAGCCAGUUGGAAGCUGACUUGGAGACUAAGAACGUGUCAAAAAGCACAGGCAUGUUGGACAUUUUUAGGGUGUCAUAUAUAAGUAAACGUGUUCUCGUCAUGAGUUUUAUCUGGUUUGGAGCAAGUCUGGUGUACUAUGGAAUCAGCCUCAAUGUUGGCAGUUUUGGCGUGGAUAUCUACCUCACUCAGUUCAUCUUUGGCCUUGUAGACAUUCCUGCAUGCAUCGGCAGUGCUGUACUCAUUGAGUACUUUGGGAGGAGAAAAUGUCAAGUCGCGACUCUGUUUUUUACUGGCAGUGCUUGCCUUGCGAUGGUUGCGAUUCCAAAUGACUUUUCUGAGGCUACGACAGUCGUCGCUGCACUUGGGAAGUUUGGAGCCACCGCUGCCUAUUCCGUCAUCUAUGUUUACACUGCAGAAAUAUACCCGACUACUGUAAGGUAA